GAGUUGUUUGCAAUGGCAUGUCUGUGACGCGGAAGGGGAACGAGUAAGCAGUGCGGAGUUUUCCGACGGAAUGGUUUAAUGAAGGGACAGCGUGCUCCCCUCAGCUGAUCCAUCCCCGACAAAAGACAGACCAUGUCCAAAGACUCUCAAAUGAGGGCUGCAAUAAACCAGAAGCUGAUAGAGAUGGGGGAACGGGAGCGAUUGAAAGAAUUGCUCAGGGCCAAGCUGGUGGAGUGUGGAUGGAAGGAUCAGCUGAAAGCACAGUGCAAAGAUGUGAUCAGAGAAAAGGGGCUGGAGCAUGUCACAGUGGAGGACCUGGUCACAGAAGUCACGCCGAAAGGCAGAGCACUCGUACCGGACAGCGUGAAGAAAGAGCUGCUGCAGAGAAUCCGAGCUUUUCUGGCUCAACACGCGACCUUGUGAGCAACACGUGGUUUGUGUUCAGACACUUUUUUCUUUUUCUUUUUUUAAAACUCUCUGUAAAUCCACAACUCAGACCUGUCUGUUCUCAUUGUGAGAAGUAUUGAAUUUUAUUUUGUAUUGUGUGUUUUCAUAUUGAUUUUAGUUGCUGCAGUUUUGGAAAAAAGAAAAAUAACACAAAUAAAAGUCAUGCCUAUUUUGGUC